CUGACGACUCUCCUGCAACUGGUGAGGUAUCUACUACAACGUUUCCUGGAACUAUAACUGCAGUCAGUAGUACUGUCAGUACUGCAGUCAUUACUGCAGGCACACAGGACACAGUUCCGUCUAACAGUCCAGAAGUGGACACAGCAGACACUUUGUUCAAGUUAGUUCCCACAGAAGCAGACUUCACCUCUCCCAGUAACACUUGUAGAACCUCCAGUUCCAUCAGUAACAACAACAACCCCACAACCCCUGGCUGCAGUACUGAACCUGAAGUGUAUACUUUUGACCCAGUGACUCCACUUUCUGACUUCACUUCCUCAUCAGACAACACUGACUCCAUACUUUUUGGGACUGAUACUACCAAACUGAUCACCAGCACUUCCCUAUUUGCUGAUGGCACCAGAUCCACCGGAGUACCGCCUCCCACGACCAUCCCAGAAAUAACCCCUCCCAGUGACAGGACUCAAUCUGGAAGUUUUCCAUUCACCACGUCAGCCCCAACCAGUCCAAACGGAAAUGCUUCACCUACAGAGGGAGCUGACACAAGUUCUCCUGUCAUUCCUCCAAACAAUCAAAUAGAUAUUGCACCUGUGGAUGAACCUCCGUAUGAUGAACCUCCGCCUGAUAAACAACUUCCUGUUGAACCUCCGCCUGAUAAACAACUUCCUGUUGAACCUCCGCCUGAUGUACCUCCUUCUUAUAUAUCUAUGCCUGAUUUAAAUCCACCUUAUCUACCUCCGCCUGAUGAACCCCUUCCUGAUCUACCUCUGCCUGAUGUACCUCCCCCAGCUGUACUUUCUCCAGAUGCGCCAUCUCUAGAUGAACCUCCUCCUAAUGUAUUAUCUACCAAUCUACUUCCUUCAGAUGAUCCCCCAGAAGUGCCAUCUUCUAGGACUCCAGAAUCUCUGAUAGAUAUAACACCUACAAAUACAGAAACUGUAGAGUCUUUGCCAUUUCCCUCUGAGGAAGGAGGCGGUGAUUCUGCACCAGGAGGAAGCACCUUAGGUCUGACUGACCCUGCUGGUGAUUUAGCUCCUGUGGACUUCACCUUCCCAUCUCUGGGAGAUAAAAAUCCAACUAAACCUGGAUCAGAUUCCGGAGCGAAACAAUUUUCUGGACUAGAGCCUGUCGGUAAUCCUGGGAUCAUUCCAGAGGAUUCUGGAGGAUCUGUCAAUGCUGAAGGAUCAGAUUCAGUUGAUCCUGGACUGAAUUACAUCUCAGCUGAUCCAGGCAAGGGAAAAAAACAGGAGAGUGGACUGGAAUCAACUGGACCAGAUUCUUCUGUAACAGAUCCUGCAAGUCCUGAUCUAGAAUAUGGACCAGGUUCUCCUCCAGCAGUGAAUGAUCCAGGAGUAGGUUUGUCUACUACAGCAGGUCAGAAGGAGGGAAAGUCUGGAGAGGAUUCAGCAGCUCGAUCACCAGGACGACCAGAGUCCAGUGAAAAGAAUAACUCAAAACAAGAAAUAACAGGAGAGCAGGAAAAGGAAAAAGCUGCUGAGACCAAAGAUGAAACAAGGAAAGAACAAGAGGAAAGACCGAAGGAGAAAGAUGACAAAGGCUACGAGAAAAAAGCGACCCAGAAGAUUCUGAUUCCAGGAGGAUCACAGUUCAGUCAACUGUCCAAAAUCGCCUAUGUCACCUUCCAGGAGUGCGAGUGUAACGGACACUCCAACCGCUGCAGCUACAUCGACUUCAUCAACGUGGUCACAUGUGUGAGCUGCAAACACAACACACGAGGACAGAACUGUCAGUACUGUCGCCUUGGUUACUAUAAGAACGCUUCGCUGUCGCUGGAGGAUGAGAACGUCUGUGUGGAGUGCGACUGUGAUGCAGAGGGAAGUAUUUCUCCACACUGCUCUGACUCUGGUCUCUGUCAGUGUAAAGGCAGAGCCACAGGGAGGCGCUGUGACUCCUGUUUACCUGGAUACACAUGGAGAGGAGGCGGAGCCAUCUGCAAAGAGAACCUGUGUGACUCCGAACGUUUGAUUUGUCAAAACGGAGGAACCUGCGUCGACUUCCAGCGCUGCGUCUGUCUGGAGAACUUCACAGGUUCACUCUGUGAGCAGAGCGUCUGUUUGAAGAAGACCGGUUGCCUUGACAACGCUGAGGGAUCCGCCUUCUCUCUGACGUCCCACCGUUACCUGCUGGUCCUGGGUCUGCUCAUGUCUGCCUUCUGAUGACCACGCC